AUGCUUCUUCUCUCCACGUCAACGCCCGCACGCCACCACAGUCUGAAGGUGACGCUGUUGAAGGCACACAAGGAAGGAAACACACCCACACAAACAGUAAUGUCUGGCUGGGCGCGUGCGCUGUUGCUCGCGGCCGUCCUGGUCGUCAUGGCGUGCCUCGUCCCCGCGGCGACGGCGAGCCUGCAUGCGGAGGAGACGCUGGCGUCGCAAUUCGCAGAAUUCAAGCAGAAGCACGGCAGGGUGUACGAGAGCGCCGCGGAGGAGGCGUUCCGCCUGAGCGUGUUCAGGGAGAACCUGUUUCUUGCGAGGCUGCACGCCGCGGCAAACCCACACGCGACCUUCGGCGUCACGCCCUUCUCGGACCUCACGCGCGAGGAAUUCCGGUCCCGCUACCACAACGGCGCGGCGCACUUUGCGGCGGCGCAGGAGCGCGCGAGAGUGCCGGUGGACGUGGAGGUUGUUGGCGCGCCCGCGGCAAAGGAUUGGCGCAAGGAAGGCGCCGUGACAGCCGUCAAGAACCAGGGACUGUGCGGCUCGUGCUGGGCCUUCGCCGCCAUUGGCAACGUUGAGAGCCAGUGGUUUCUCGCCGGCCACCCGCUGACGAGACUGUCGGAGCAGAUGCUCGUGUCGUGCGACGACACUAACUUUGGCUGCGGUGGUGGCUGGCCGUUGGGGGCCUUCAAGUGGAUCGUGGAUCGGAAUAACGGCACCGUGUACACGGAGGAAAGCUACCCCUAUCAUUCGUGCAUCGUGAUAAAGCUGCCGUGCAAGGACUCGGACCGCACGGUGGGUGCCACAGUUCAGGAUACCGUUUCUUCACCGCAGGACGAGGCCCAAAUAGUCGCAUGGCUUGCAGUCAACGGCCCCCACUUCGCUGUUAUCGACAUUAUUGGUUGGAUGUUCUACACGCGCGGCGUCUUUACGGUUUAUUUUUGUAUGUGUGUUUUCUCUUUAUGGACCUUCAAAUAA